AUCGACGCCGAGGACGCCGACGGCUUCACCGCGCUGCACUUUGCGGCAAACAUGGGCUUGCGCCGCCUCUCUGCAGCGCUGCUCGCUUGCGGCGCGGCAGUCGACCGCAGUACACGCGACCCCGGAGGGCGAACGCCGCUCCACCUGGCGGCCGCCUCGGGCCAGAGCGCCAUCGUCUCUCUCCUCCUGGCCGCCGACGCGCCGCACAGCGCAGAGGACUGGCAAGGGGCCACGCCGUUCCAGAUGGCGUGCCGCCGCGGCCACCACGUUGUCGCCGCCCAGAUC